AACAGAUAUGGGUAUUGAUAGCAGAUUAUAAUAGCACAUUUUUCGUAACUGCUAUGAAAAGGUUGUUGGAAGUCUGGGUAAUAAUAUUAUAGCAUUAAAAUUAUGCUAUACCCAUAAAUCAGUAAAAGAUAAUUAAAAACUCACUAAUCCGACACAUUUUUACAAUUAGCGCCAACACUUAGAAUAAAAAAAUGGUUUUCGCGGCCAAAUUAGCCAAAUCAAUAGUUUUAAUAGCAUUAAAAAAAAAACAAAACCUUCUACUCUCUCUCUUUCUCCUUCUUCGCGUUCUUCGUUCUCCUCUCUCUCUCUUUCUCUUCGCUCACCACCAAUCUCAAGAAGCUCACCUCCGAUUCAGCCCUCAUCUCCUCCGAUUCAUCCCUAAUCUACUCCGAUUCGGCCCUCAUCUCCUCCGAUUCGGCCCUCAUCUCCUCCGAUUCAGCCCAACUCACCGUGAUUCAUCCCUCCUCGAGUUCUCCGCCGCUUUCAAUCCGAUUUUCAAAACUGAAAGUGAGUUCUUCCAUCGAUAGAUUCAAGUCUAUUGAUUAGGUUGUUUUUGGCUCUGCUCAUUGUUGUCAUUAGUUAGGUUUUCGAUUUUCUCUAUCACUCUCCCAAGGGUUCAUCGUCGUUUUUAUCAUCGAUUAGGUGCAUAUAGAUGUAGAUUAUAGACAUCGUUUUUUAUUUAUAGAUUAGAUGCAUAUAGAUGUAGAUUUUAUAUGCAUCUUGUGAUAUAUUGACAUCGUUUGUUGUUUGAGAGUUGUCCUAAAAUCACAGAUUUUAUUUAGACACAUCUAUAUACUUCUCAUUUUGUAAUACUUUGUUCAUGCUUGUAUAGAAUGAGUUCGUUGUUUGCGGUAACCACAUUGAAUAUUAAUUUGUUUUAAUUGCUGCUUGAACCAUGUACGCUUGUUUGAACUGUCGCAACGGUCCCAACUAGGUUGUAGCAAACAAUGUUGGACAAGUCAUGGGUCCAUUUAUGCAGAGUUGAUUCUGCGUAUGAGAGAGGUGCUAGGGGUUUUGUCAAUGCUGUUAGUGAUAAGUUAGAAGUUAAUGGGAAGAUUGUAUGUCCAUGCGCCCGAUGCCGCAAUCUAGAUCGUCAUACAAGUGACGAGGUUGUCUCUCAUUUGGUUAUAAAUGGAAUGGAUGACGCCUACAAGGGACGCCCGGAUUGGUUUCACCAUGGGGAAGAUAACUCUGUUGCUGUAGUGGAAGCUAGAGAUAGAUUGUGGAAUGGUGAGAUCCUUAGUUUAUACGAAGCAGCAAAAUGUUUAGAUGAAGAUUUAGUUAUUAGGGGGGCACAGUCAGGUGAGUCAGUUGAGGGUGAGGACAUGAAAGAAGAUGAGUUUUUAGCAAAACUUGCAGAGGCUGAAACCCCCUUGUAUCCAACGUGUGCGAGUCAUAGCAAGCUAUCAGCUGUAGUUUCAUUGUUUAGGAUUAAGUCUCAGAAUGGGUGGUCAGACAAGAGCUUUGAUGACUUACUCCAAACGUUGCCAAACAUGUUACCUGAAGACAAUGUGCUGCACACAUCAACUUAUGAUGUCAAGAAGUUUUUGAAAUCUUUUGAUAUGGGAUAUCAAAAGAUUCAUGCUUGUGUGAACGACUGCUGCUUAUUUAGAAAGAAGCUGCAGAAGGCUGAGAGUUGCCCAAAAUGCAAGUCGUCUAGAUGGAAGACCAACAUGCACACUGGUGAAUUCAAGAAGGGUGUUCCACAGAAGGUUUUGAGAUAUUUUCCAGUAAUACCUCGUCUGAAAAGGAUGUUCAGAUCGGAGAAAGUUGCAAUGGAUUUACGAUGGCAUUUCAGUAACAAGAGCACAGAUGGGAAACUGCGCCAUCCAGUAGACUCUGUUACUUGGAAGUCAAUGAAUGACAAGUAUCCCUCGUUCGCAGCAGAGGAGAGGAACUUGCGACUUGGGCUUUCAACUGAUGGGUUUAAUCCCUUUAGUAUGAAGAACACCCGAUACAGUUGUUGGCCUGUGUUACUGGUUAAUUACAACAUGGCUCCUGACCUAUGUAUGAAGGAGGAGAACAUCAUGCUCAGUCUGCUGAUUCCAGGACCGCAUCAACCGGGUAAUAGUAUAGAUGUAUACCUAGAACCUCUUAUAGAAGAUUUAAAACAGUUGUGGUGCAUAGGGGAGUUAACUUACGAUGCAGUUAGUAAGUCAACCUUUACGCUUAGGGCAAUGCUUCUCUGGACUAUUAGUGAUUUCCCAGCUUAUGGGAAUCUUGCUGGUUGUAAAGUGAAGGGUAGAAUGGGUUGUCCUAUUUGCGGGAAGCACACAGAUAGUUUGUGGCUGAGUCAUGGCAGAAAAUUUGUAUUUAUGGGCCACCGGAAAUGUUUGCCUCCCUUACAUAGUUUCAGAGGAAAGAAGACUUGGUUUGAUGGGAAAACUGAACAUGGGACUAAGGGAAGGAUACUCACGGGUAGGAAUGUCUCAUUUGUGCUGAGAAAUUACAAGAAUGAUUUUGGUAAUAGAAAACAGACUGGGAAAAAGAGAGCUGCUCGAGUUGACAUACCAUCUGAUAACGAGGAAGAAGUAAGUGAAUCUGAUGAAGAUGAAGAACAAGAAGACAAAGACGAAGAGGAAUUAUCUAGAUGGAAGAAACGCUCGAUAUUUUUCACACUGCCAUAUUGGGAGGAGCUCCCUGUGCGCCAUAAUAUAGACGUUAUGCAUGUGGAGAGGAAUGUGGCUGCAAGCUUGAUUUCCACAUUGUUACAUUGUGGCAAUUCAAAGGAUGGUCUAAAGGCUAGAAAGGAUCUUCAAAGUCUUGGUAUCAGGAAGGAUUUGCAUCCAAAAGCUCAGGGUAAAAGGACAUUACUCCCAGCAGCUCCUUGGUCUUUGUCAAAGUCAGAGAAACAGAUAUUCUGUAAGCGGCUCUUUGAUUUUAAGGGUCCUGAUGGCUAUUGUGCUAAUAUAUCUAGUUGUGUAUCAUUAGAGGAGUGUAAAGUUAUGGGACUGAAAUCCCAUGAUUACCACGUCCUAAUGCAACAACUGCUGCCAGUAGCAAUUAGGGGCUUACUUCCUAAGGGUCCUAGGGUAGCCAUUUUCCGCUUAUGUGCCUUCUUCAAUCUUCUUUGCCAACGAGUGAUUGAUAUGGAACAACUCCAGCAAAUGGAAAAUGAAAUCGUGGAGACUCUAUGCAUUUUUGAAAGAUUUUGGCCACCUAGUUUCUUCGACAUUAUGGUCCACUUGUGUGUGCAUCUAGGAAGAGAGGCUCGGCUUGGUGGCCCUGUCCAUUUCCGAUGGAUGUAUCCAUUUGAAAGGUACAUGAAAGUAUUGAAAGACUAUGUAAGAAACACAGCAAGACCAGAGGGGUGUAUAGCUGAGUCUUAUCUUGCAGAUGAGUGCAUGAAGUUCUGCUCGGCUUUCUUGAAAACGACCACAAAUGUAGAAGAAAAACAGGACAGAAACACUGAGUAUGAGAGCCACUCCAUCCUUGAAGGUCGUCCUAUAUCAGCUGCCCGCUCUUUCACUCUAACUGAUAUGGAUAAGAAAAUAGCUCAUCUAGCUGUAAUACAGAACACGGCUAUGGUGGAUCCAUAUGUUGAGAUUGCCAUGGUUAAAGGGAGAAAGACAACAAAGAAGAGGAAGAACACUCUACCAAAUGUUGCGCCUGAAUUUGUGGGCACCAUAUACCCUGAGGGGACGCAGCAUGAGACAAGGAUUGAGGAAACACUGCCUCAAGACAAACAGCCUGAAGUCACACAGCAGGAAGACACACCGAUGACUCAGGACACACAGCAGGAAGACACACAUCAGGAAGACACACAUCAGGAAACCCAGCCUGGAGAAAAAGAACCCGAGAAAGAUUCCCAAGGUGCUAAGGGUCGUGAUGAUGAUACUGAUAUGGUUCAGCCCCAGCCUAAGAAACACAGAGGACCAACGAAGAUGAAAGAUAUUGCUAGAGAUCCUAAUGCACGCAUAAGAGUUGAUUUCACAGAGCUUGGAGAACCCUGUGGAGAAGGAUCAGUUAAGCUGUCUUCUUACUUAGGUCCCUUGGUAAGGGAACAUGUUCCUGUGGUCAUAGAUGAUUGGAGAAAAAUUGGUGAGGACCGGAAGACUGUUCUAUGGAAAUCUGUUAAGCUACGGUUUGAACUGGAUGGAGAGUACGAGAAAGCGGCUGUUAUGAAACAGAUGGGAUGCAUAUGGAGGGCCUCUAAAUCACGCUUGGUUAAUCAGAUUAUUAAAGCUGAUAACCACGCAGAGCGUUUGAAGUUGCGGCCAGACAAUAUUCCGCUGUCAGAGUGGAGGAAGUUUGUGAAAGAGAAGACUAGUAAAGAGUUCAAGGCUGUCAGCGAUUCAUACAAGGAAAGAAGACGUAAGCAGAUUCCUCACACAUGUAGCCGUAAAGGAAUGGUUAGAUUGGCAGAAGAUUUAAAAAAAGAGAGCUCGGAUCCCGCUGAAGUGACGAGGCUGAAUGUCUGGGUCAAGUCAAGAACUAAAAAGGAUGGAACAGCAGUAAACACAGAUGCUGCUGAAAAAAUAGAAAAGGCGAAUGAGUUUAUUCAGGCUGAUGAUCAUCCAGGAUCAUCAUCAUCAAACCCAAAACAAGACACUCUUACUCAGAUCUUAGGACCCGACAAUCCUGGACGCUUGAGGGCAAUGGGUAGAGGAAUGAGUGUGAGCAAACUUGCUUUGUUUGAAGUGAAGAGCAAGCAUGUGACUGAAAUGCAACAUACACAAAAUAAGUUGCAGAAGCAGGUUCAUGAACUACAAGAGGCUCUUGCAAAAAUGAAUAGUCGACGUCCAGACUCGGAAGAGGGUGAAAAUUCAGCACAAAGAAGUGUAAACAAAACCACACCGCAGCCUAAGUGUAUUCUAUACGAUUGGUGUGACAAGGAGUGCAAAGUAGCCGACGGUCGUGUUCUGUCUUCUGAUGAAAUGGAGUUUGUUAACAAUGUACCAUUGGGCCCUAAUUCAGUUAAGGUUGUAAUUGAGACGGCAUUUGAAGAAGAUGCUUUUCUUUGGAGACCCGCGCCGAAAUUUUUCACAAUUGGACAGGCUGUAGGAGAAACUGUUGCGUGGCCUCAGGAUUCUGUUCUUGUUCUUGAGGAGGAGUUAUCUCCAAAUGUAAGGUUUUCUUUCCUCAUCUCAUUUUCGGGUCUAAGUUUAUAUUUUGUAAAAUAUAGUUAUGUGUUUUGUAUGUUGGAUUUAUUUGUUUGACAGAGCCCAGAGACAGUAGAAAUGAACAAGUGCAAACUUCUACAUUGGCUAACAGAUGAUGAAGAAACAGUUGCUGAAGGUCGUUGGGAGUCUCGUGAUCCAAAAGCCUUGGUGGAUGGUCUUCCUCUUGGACCAAAUGCUGUUAAAGUAUUUAUAGAUGCAGUUACCCUACCUGAGACUUUUCUUUGGCGGCCAACAGAAAAACAUUCAAGCCUUCGUGACUGUUUGAAGUCGUUUGUAGCAUGGCCUGUGAGCAGGGUUUUAUUCGAAAAUUUAAACACAGAGUCACCAGCUCCAGCAUCACUUCAUACGCAGUCAGAAGUACGCACUCCCCCAGCUCCUGCUAAGAUUUCAAAACCAUUUUCACAAACUCCUUCAAGCUCUCAGAAGGUUGUGAAAGAGGGUCAGAAGUGCAAACUACUGGACAUUACCGGUCAGAAAGUAGUUGUUGCAGAAGGACGCUGGUCUUCGAACAACCCAGAACAGUUAGUGCAUUUUGUUCCGUUGGGAAAUAAUGCAGUUCGUGUGUGGGUUGAUGUAGUCAAGGUGAAUGAUGCCAUCGUUUGGAGGCCUACGUCUGCAGUUGAGUGUAUGGAGGAUGCUAUUGGUACCACUAUAGCAUGGCCUGAAGACAAAGUUAUCAUCGUUUGAGGUGGAAUAAUAACUCUAUGGUUUUCAACUUUCCUUGCUUUAGAUUACUAAUGAACAUAUGCUGCUUGUUGCAAAUUAGACUUAUGUUCUUUGUUUCGAACUUAAUUAUGAUAUUGUGUUUCUAUUAUGGAGAAAUCACAUUUUGAGA